CAAUCUCGCGCCCACGGGACGGGCCCUCCCUCGGCCCGGGGCCCCCUUUCCCUCCCGGGAAGCCCGGGUCCCUCCCCCGGGCGGCCGGCGGCUCCUCCUCCCGAGCCAUGGUGUGGGUCCCCGGGGGCCCCGGCGGUCCCGACGAGUCCCCGGGGGCCGGGCCCGAGGUCGCGACCCUCGAGAGGCCCGCGCUGGUCGCGUCCUCGCUGGCGGCCGCGGACGCCUCGCCGUCCCCCUGGCCCUGCCCGCGGCCGCCCGCCUCCUGCCCGGCGGUGGGCGGGUCGCCGCUGCGCCGCGCCGGCUGGGCCGGGAUGGCGGCCGGCACGUUGCUGGAGGCCGGCCUGGCCCGGGUGCUCUACUACCCGACGCUGCUCUACACGGUGUUCCGCGGGAAGAUGCCCGGCCGGGCGCACCGCGACUGGUACCACCGCAUUGACUCCACCGUGCUGCUGGGCGCGCUGCCGCUGCGGAGCAUGACGCGCCGGCUGGUCCAGGACGAGAACGUGCGCGGGGUGAUCACCAUGAACGAGGAGUAUGAGACGCGCUUCCUGUGCAACUCCUCCAAGGAGUGGAGGAAAGAGGGAGUGGAGCAGCUGUGGCUCAGCACGAUAGACAUGACAGGAGUCCCCACCCUGUCCAACCUCCAGAAAGGAGUCCAGUUUGCUCUCAAGUACCAGUCGCUAGGCCAGUCUGUCUACGUGCACUGUAAGGCCGGGCGUUCCAGGAGCGCCACCAUGGUGGCCGCGUAUCUGAUUCAGGUGUACCACUGGACUCCAGAGGAGGCCAUAAGAGCCAUCACCAAGAUCCGGUCCCACAUCUACAUCAGACCUGGCCAGCUGGAAGUUCUCAAAGAGUUCCACAAGGUGACCACUGCAGGGGCGGCCAAGAAUGAGACUCAUCACACGUCACUGACAUGACGCACGUGGGUUAGGAAGAACGCAAAACAACGCUGCUUCCUACAGAAUGAGAAUGUUUAACAGGACCAAAGGGGCUGAAGCCCAGACUUGACAUAAUAGAAAUGUGCUAAGUGAUGGUUAGUUUUGCUCCCUUUGUCUUGUUUCAUUUUCCUGAAAUAACACUGUUGUGUGGCUAGA